AUGAGAGUUACCACCAGGUGGGAGGCAACGGCGAGACUGAGCAUGUUGUGGCGGAGGAUCGCGGCGGCAGUGAAGAGAGGCGGCGGCGGCGGCGGAGUGAGGGGAUUCGUAACCGAGAACGGGGGCGGCGGCCACCGGGGUGCGGCGGCGGCGUCGAGCCCCAGCCUGUCCAUCUGGCGGCGGAAGAAGGAGAUGGGCAAGGAAGGCCUCUUCGUCGUCCACGAGCUCAAACGCCUCCAAAAAUCCAGGGGGUUCGGCGGCGCGCGGCUGGAGGCCUUCGUGAAGUCCCACGUGUGCCGCCUCCUCCGCUCCGACCUCCUCGCCGUCCUCGCCGAGCUCCAGCGCCAGAACCUCGUCCCCCUCUCCUUGAAGGUCCCUCUCACGAUCUCCCCCUCCCUCUGAAAAAUAAUCCAUCCCUAACUUUAACCCGAGCCCUAAUUCUUGGCAGAUUUACGAGGUGGUGAGGAAGGAGAUCUGGUACAGGCCGGACAUGUUCUUCUACAGGGACAUGCUGGUGAUGCUGGCGAGGAACGGGGACGCAGAGGCGGCGAAGAGGGUUUGGGGGGACUCGAGGAAGGAGGAGGUCCUCUUCGACCAGCACACCUACGGGGACCUGGUGAGGGCCUUCUGCGACGGCGGGUUGCCGGAUUUGGGCAUGGAAUUCUACGGCGAGAUGCGAAGGUCCCCUGAUCCGCCGCUGUCUUUGCCAUUUCGGGUCAUCCUCAAGGGGCUCCUCCGCCACCCGGAGCUACGUACCAAGGUGAAGGACGACUUCCUGGUCCUCUUCCCCGGGAUGGUCGUCUGCGACCCGCCGGAGCACGGCGGCGACGACGACGACGACGACGAUCGCCGGAGAGAAGAUCUCUUCUAG